AUCUUCUUGUCACGCUAUUUUCCCGUUUCUUGCGUUCCCAUCAUCAAAUGGAAUUCUUCGACAAAACCUCAGCGGUAAGACUGAAAACUCACCAAGACAAGUAUCUCGUCGCCGACGACGACCAAUUAACAGUCCGGCAAAGCCAGUCCGCCGCUGGAACCCGUCGUGCACGGUGGUUGAUCGAGCACGUUGACUCAAACAGCCAUGUGAUUCGUCUAAAAAGCUGCUACGGUCGUUACUUAACAGCCACCGGUAUGCCGUUCUUCCUUGGCAUGACGGGGAAGAAAGUCCUCCAGACGUUGCCGGAAAACACCAAGGACCUAUCGGUCGAGUGGCAGCCGGUGAGGGACGGGUUUCAGGUGAAGCUUAAGGCUUCCGGUGGAACGUAUCUGAGGGCCAACGGAGUCAUGCCGCCGUGGAGAAACACCGUGACCCAUGACAGCUGUUCUACGAGCUCGACGCAUAAUUGGAUCUUGUUUGACGUUGAGGCGGUGGAUAUACCGGAGGAUGAGGAGUUUAAUGACUAUUUAACGAUGGUUUCGAGUUUUUCUUCCGUCUCCGAUGAACUUUCCGGCCUGGAGUUCGUCGCUUCACCGGUGUCAAUCCGCUCUUCUAGCUUCUCACCACGGACUCCUAUAUUAUCAAUGAAGAAGAGGCUUUCAUUUCAGCAGCAACCAAAUCCAGCGCCGGUGAUGGAUCUCUUCAACAACGCGAAGGCAGUCCGGCUUAAGAACCACCACAACAAGUACCUUCACGCGGCGGACGACGAGGAAUCCGUCUCUCAAGACCGCAACGGCGCCGCCAAGAACAACCGAUGGACCGUCGAGUUCGUAACGGAGAGUCACGAUGACAACAUCACGAUUAUACGUUUAAAGUCGUGUUAUAACAAGUACUUGACAGCUUCUAACCAGCCGUUCUUGCUCGGAAUGACUGGCCGGAAAGUUCUGCAGACGGUGCCUCGCCGGCUUGAUUCGUCGGUGGAGUGGGAGCCGAUCCGGGUGGGGAAUCAGGUGAAGCUUAGGACGAGAUACGGGCAGUUUUUGCGGGCGAAUGGCGGACUUCCGCCGUGGAGGAAUUCCGUUACACAUGAUGUUACUCAUGCGUUCCAUGAGUGGAUCCUUUGGGACGUCGAUGUGGUGGAUAUCGUCGUGCAGUCUCCGGUGGCAAGGCCAGCGCCGCCGUUGGUUCUUCAUUCCGAUUCGUUUACUUCAUCGGAAUCCAGCUCACCCAGUACGAAUUGGGAAAAGUCACCGACUUUCUCUAUGCAAGAGACGAUCGAUUUGCAUCAUAACUCGCCUCCGAAAAUGGAAGAAGGAAGAGCAAUAUAUUACCAUGUGCUUUCGGAGGAUUUCGGUGAAAUUGACGAAAAUGCCCAAGGAUUUUGCAUUAAUUUCAAGGGUAAUAAUGUGGCCGAGUUGACUCGGAAGUUAGAGGAAGAAACCGGUUUGAAGGACAUAACGGUGUGCACACGAAGUCCGUUGAAUGGAAAGCUUUACCCUCUUCGAUUACAACUUCCUCCCAAUAAUGUUACCAUGAAAGUUGUCAUUGUUCAAAACUCGGAUUCAAUUGAAGAGUUUUGAGGAUAUAUGAUAUGAAUUAUUAUAAGUUUUGUUAUGGUAUAUGCAUAUGGUGUGUUUGUAUAUAAGGAAAUGGAUUUUGAGGUUUUAUUUUAGUGCAAUAUUGGUGUAUGUAUUUCAAGAAUGAUGCCAAUAUGAGUUCUACAUAAGUUAAGUGUAAACGCCAUGUUGCUUGAAACUAUAUGGUAUAAUAUUAUAGAUUUAGCUUUUUGAA